AUGACGGAGGUAGCCGAUGCGAAGUCUGCCAGCUCAUCCACCAAAAGUCCCGGUACUGCCAGCGAAGUCGUCGGUUCCAACAAAAACUAUGGUGGUGGUGGUGGUGGUGGUGGUGGUGGUGUCGUCGUGGUCGAGAUCUUCUCGAAGCUGAGGAAGGCACGGCUGGCCUUGCCACAAGGGGUCACCCGCCUGCGGGACACUGACCCUUCUCUCCAAGUCGACUCUGCCCUCGGUACCUAUUUAAGAUCCAAUCAGUCUCACGAGUUGAUAGCUGUAGCCUUGGCUAAACCAGCGGUGAGCCAAUCUGGCAUACCCAGGCCACCUUCGGGCAAGGGUAUACGUAGGCAAGGGAGGGCUAUGCACUUCGGUGCUGUCACUUGCCGUUUCACUCGCCAAUCCUGUCCCUUCGGUAGGGAUUGCCGUUAUCGUAAACAUUUUGGCGACCCCCAAUCUAAGCCUUAUUGGCAGAACGGUCAAGGUGGGGAGAAGGACAGUAGCUUCGGGUCUGAUAAACGCCCUAGGACUGGGCAGGUGAAGGAUGAACCAUCAAGGAAGAACCCUAAGGACCAAUAG